UUCCGCUAAUCCAUGUAAGAAAGGGCCCCACUCCCCCAGUCUACUACCUAGGCGGCUAGGCCGCUGCCCGCUAGACGCCGCCUCCUGCUCGCGCAGCGCAUGCUUCCAGCAAAGCAAAGCAAACAUCAGGAAGAAACCGAAGAUUUUCCCUGAACACUCCGCCCAUCGCUUCUUCUUGACUUUCCCUUACAAAUCCCUCACCUCUGCCGGUCUGCCCCUCUAUCUCUCCAUCUCGAAUUUCCCUGAACUACUCCGCCCAUCGCUUUCUUGGCCUUCCACGCGCGCCGUUCGAUUCGCCCCGAGAAGCUGUCCGGCAGGCAUGGCCGAGGAGACGAAGCAAGAAACUGCCGCCGCCGCUGCCGCUGAGGUGGUCGCGACGGAGGCGGAGAAGAAGGUGGAGGAGGUGGAGGAGAAGGCGGUGCAGGCGGAGGAGAAGGUUGACGAGGCAGCGGCCACGGCGGCGGAGGAGGAAGAGGAGAAGAAGAUGGAGGAGGCGGAAGCGGAGGCUGGUGCGGACGAGGCGGCGGUGAUUGAGGGCAGCACAGGGACGUUCAAGGAGGAGAGCAACCUGGUGUCCGAGCUCGCCGACCCCGAGCAGAAGGCGCUUGCCCAGCUCAAGGAGCUCGUCGCCGCCGCGCUCGCCAGCGGGGAGUUCGAUCUGCCGCCGCCGCCGCCGGUGGCCCAGCCGGACACGGCGACUCCCGCUGACGACGAGGCCAAGAAAGAGGAGCCUAAGGCCCAGGAGGCGGAGGCGAGCGAGCCCAAGACAGAGGCCCCCGAGCCAGAGGAACCCAAAACGGACGCCCCGGCCCAGGAGGAGCCCAAGACCGAGGAGCCCACGAAAGAGGAGCCCAAGACGGAGGCGCCGGUGGUGGCUGCCGCCGAGGAGCCCAAGGCCCCGGUGGCGGCCGAGGAGGCCGAGCCGGUGCCGGAGACGGAAGAGAAAACCGUCGUGGUCACAGAGGAGGAAGGCACCAAAACCGUGGAAGCCAUAGAGGAGACCGUCGUCCCCACAGCGUCCGAGCCGGAUGCGGCGCCGGCGCCGGCGGCGGAGCCGAAGGAGGAGCUGAUCUGGGGUGUGCCGCUGGUGGGCGAUGACGCGCGCACGGACACGGUGCUUCUCAAGUUCCUCCGCGCACGGGAGUUCAAGGUGAAGGAGGCCAUGGCGAUGCUCAAGGCGGCGGUGCUGUGGCGCAAGAGCUUCGGCAUCGACGCGCUCCUGGGAGCCGACCUCGGCCUGCCGGAGUUGGAGAACGUGGUGUUCUACCGCGGGGCUGACCGCGAGGGACACCCCGUCUGCUACAACGUCUACAGCGAGUUCCAGGACAAGGAGCUAUACGAGAAGGCCUUCGGUGACGAUGCCAAGCGUGAGCGCUUUCUGAAGUGGCGCAUCCAGCUCCUUGAGCGUGGCAUCCUUCAGCAGCUGGACUUCUCGCCCAGCGGCAUCUGCUCCAUGGUGCAGGUCACUGACCUCAAGAAUUCGCCACCCAUGCUCGGCAAGCACCGCGCCGUCACCCGGCAGGCGCUGUCGCUGCUCCAGGACAACUACCCUGAGUUCAUCGCCAAGAAGGUUUUCAUCAAUGUGCCAUGGUGGUAUAUCGCGGCAAACAAAAUGAUGAGUCCGUUCCUUACGCAACGUACCAAGAGCAAAUUCACGUUUUGCAGCCCAGCGAAGACCACAGAGACCCUUUUCAGAUACAUCGCACCGGAGCAGGUCCCUGUCCAAUUUGGAGGCCUCUUCAAAGAGGAUGACACUGAGUUCUCAACAUCUGAUGCUGUCACCGAGCUCACUGUCAAACCUUCAUCCAAAGAAACCAUUGAGAUUCCUGCUACUGAGAAUUCCACGGUUGUGUGGGAGCUACGUGUGCUUGGAUGGGAGGUGAGCUAUGGUGUGGAGUUCACCCCUGAUGCAGAGGGUGGCUACACCGUCAUUGUGCAAAAAACGAGGAAGGUGCCCGCCAAUGAGGAGCCAAUCAUGAAGGGCAACUUCAAAGUUACUGAGCCUGGCAAGGUUGUACUCACCGUCAACAACCCAACAUCAAGGAAGAAGAAGCUACUGUAUCGAUUCAAGGUCAAGAGCUCCACCGAAUCCGCUUGAGGUUCCGCUUGCUGGCUCUACAGAUACAAUCACCAACCAGGUCCACAGGUCCAUAUCACCACCAUUUGAACAUGCUGCUUGAUAGAACAGAAAAGAUUUUAGAUGCCAGUUUUGUGUUUGGUUCUUUAAUUGGCUUGCUGUUUCUUGGGGGGUCAGAUUUGUAUGAUUUUACUUAAACCAAUGUGAGCUUGUUCUAUGAGAUAGUUGUGAUCAGAAGCUGGGGAAGUAUGGGAUGGUGAUGGUUCUCAAGAUGAGAAGUUUGGGAAGGACCUAAGAACUGUUGCAGAUAUGUAUAUUGGUCUGUACAUGGUAUCUAUGGAUUCUCUCUUUCAUGAACAUGUUAAUUUUGAGAAAGUCUCCCUGUUCUGUGGUCACCAGUACCAUGUUA